GACGAAGAUUUUCCUGAUCUGACAGAUUUUGUCAAUCAACGAACUGCCGAUGAACUGGACCGGAUGUUCGCUGAUCGUUAUACGAUGGAUAAUGUCCUUUAUGCAGAAGUUGCAAGUGGUUUCCCGGAUCCUAUAGUUCUAUAUCCAUGGAAUCCAAGACCAAAACGAUCCUUCAAUAACAGAUAUUCUCGCGGUAGUGGUGGCCAACGACGUCCAUGGAGAGCUGGCAGGCAGCGUGGUGGAUGGGAAGGUUGGAGGAAUUCUGGCAGUGAUUCGUCGUACACUUCGCAGGGCUCGAGAAAGAGACGAAAUCCGGAUAUGGAUCGUGAUCGGAUGUACUAUCCAGGAAGUAGAAAUGACGAUUGA